AUGUUCAAAUUUGUUGCUAUCGCUACACUGUUGUUGGCCACUGUAUGCCAGGCCAGCCCUGACUUAUAUGCCGCGGCACCGGCAGCUGUCUAUGCGGCCGCGGGUCCGGCCAUAGCCGUAGCUCAUGCACCGGCCAUAACAUCCUAUAGCUACGAGACCCGUCAAGUACAUCCCGGUCCAGCUAUUGCUGUUCAUACAGCACCGUUAGUACAUUCAGCACCUGUACUACACACCACUGGCCGACUACUAUCGGCACCGUUAGUAUCACAUGUUGCUCCCGCUGCCCCCUUGUUGGCGGCCGCACCGGUACAUUAUGCUGCUUCGGGACCAUUGCUUGCACCGUACGGUCUAUCGGCACCGUUAGCCAAGACAUUGCUUAUUAAAAAAUAA